GGAUAAAUUUGAAGAUGGCGGCCCCCAUGCAACAAAACACUCAGUUAAUGCCACCUCCGUUAACAGCUCAAGAAAGGGCUAAUAGAUCUGUUUUUGUUGGAAACAUUCCAUAUGAAGCUACAGAAGAAAAAUUGAAAGAAAUUUUUGCUCAAGCUGGACCUGUUGUUAGUUUUAGGUUAGUGUAUGAUAGAGAGACUGGCAAGCCUAAAGGAUAUGGCUUCUGUGAAUAUCAAGACAUUGAGACAGCUCAAAGUUCCAUGAGAAAUCUGAACAACUAUGACUUUAAUGGACGUCCCCUGAGGGUUGGGGUAGCUGCAGGAGAACAAAACAGAGAUGAAAUGAAAGGAAUGCAACAUGCUAUAGGUGGACCUAUCAUGGAGAGUCCUUAUGGUGAACCAGUUGAAGCAGAAAAAGCACCAGAGGCCAUAUCAAAAGCUGUUGCUAGUCUACCUCCAGAACAGAUGUUUGAACUAAUGAAGCAAAUGAAAAUGUGUAUCCAGAAUAAUCCAACAGAAGCCAGAAAUAUGUUACUACAGAAUCCACAGUUGGCUUAUGCUUUGUUACAGGCCCAGAUAGUCAUGAAAAUUGUAGAUCCACAAGUCGCCAUGGCAAUGUUACACAGAGAUCAAAAUCAGAUUCCACCAGCAUCAUCAGCAGCUAGUUCUGCUUCAACAGCAUUGGCUGCCCAGCCUGGAACUAUGAGUACAGCUGCUGGUGUAGCAGGAAUGAUGAACCAAAUGGGUCAGUUGGCAGGAAUAAGGCCGCAGACUUCUAUUCCUCAAAGUAUGGCUGCAGCUAUGAGUAUGCCCCUACCAAUGCAGCCAGUCAUGGGUGGAUUAGGAUCAAGGAUGGGUAUACCAGGUCUACCAGGCCUACCAGGCAUGCCAGGUAUUCCAGGGCUUCAACCGACUCCAGAUUUAGGUGGACCCAUGAGAGCAAUGAUGGGAGGACCCAUGGGAAAUAUGCCUAGACCUUUGAGACCAGAAGGUCCUGGAGCAGACAUGAGGGAUCCAAGAAUGAUGCCACAAGCUCCAAGAGGAAUGAUGCCACAACGUCCAGUUGCUCCUUCAGCAGGUGCUUUAAGUAGUUUGCUGGGUUCUGGUGGAUUACAAUUACCUUCAAACUUUGGAUCUGGUGGACAGAUAUCAGCACAAGACCAAGAAAAGGCUGCCUUAAUUAUGCAAGUGUUACAGCUUACAGACCAACAAAUUGCCAUGUUACCCUCAGACCAACAACAGAGUAUCAGAAUAUUAAAAGAACAGAUCUCGAAAAGUUAAUAGACAUUUUAUUUUAUUCAUUCUUGUACAUAUGUGUUCCCUCUCAUUAAAAUCACUAAAUAUGGUUGUUGAAA